ACCAAGUGCCCGGAUGUCCCUCUCCAAUCCUUGGUGAACCUAUGGGAGUUAAAGAUGGACGUAUUCCAAACUCAAGACUAACCUCCUCAUCUGUUUGGCCAUCGAAUUCGGUCAGUAUGGGGCGGCUUGAUUUUGAAUUAGUUGCAGGAGCCUGGUUAGCAGCGGAGGACGAUUCCGAUCCGUGGGUCAAGAUCGACCUCGGAAAGCCUUCCUAUGUCACCGGCGUUAUCGUUCAAGGAAGAAAUAGGCCUAUAUCUCCAUAUUAUAGGCAAUGGGUUACGUCAGUGUACAUCUCACACUCGUUGGAUGACAUAGAUUGGGUAUUUGCUUUGGAGCAGGAGUGUGGUACCAAAAAGGUAUACGCAGCAAACUUUGAUUUCAAUUCCCACGUGACCUUACUCUUUCCUGGACCAAUCAACGCACGAUACGUCAGGAUACAUCCUAUUACGCAUCAUGAACACCCAUCCAUGAGAUUUGAGGUACUUGGUGGUCAUAAUAUUACAACACGUUAAAU